UAUUGCAGCAUAUAUAUGGUAUAUGGCAACUUUAACUGUUCAAGAUAAUCUUCAACAAUUUUCAACUCCUGGAAACUUGGAAGAUGUUGUUUUUAAAAGCAUUGAAUUUGUUCAAAAAACUUUGUCUGAAAACCGAAACUUAGUUUUGAUUACUGCUGGAGGCACAUCGGUUCCAUUGGAGCAAAAUACAGUGCGAUGUAUAGAGAAUUUUAGUACUGGACGCAGAGGAGCAAUUUCAGCGGAAAAUUUUUUGCUUGCAGAUUACAAUGUUAUAUAUCUUCACAGAAAUGGAUCUUCCUUUCCUUUUGAAAGAAAAUUUGUUGAUUAUUUAGAUGAAAAAAGUAAAAGAUUGAUGGAUAUAUUCACAAUUGCUAAUGAUUGUGUCAAUAUAGCAGAAAAUUUCCCAAAAGAUUUGAAAGACUCCCUGAAACAUUAUGAAUUGCUGAAAAAUAAUAUACUUACAAUUAAAUAUACAAGCCUUUCAGAAUAUAUGCAUUAUACGCAUGCAAUUUGUAAUGCAUUAAAGCCCAUAGAAAAAAGAGCAAUGAUUUAUCUUGCUGCUGCUGUGUCAGAUUUUUUCGUUUCUAAUAGUGAUACUCAAGUUCACAAAAUACAAUCUUCAGAUAAGUUGAUUAAUCUGAAAUUGAGCCCCGUCCCGAAGAUGCUUGGAAAAUUGGUUGAAUCCUGGGCCCCAGAUGCUUAUGUUGUUACUUUUAAACUGGAGACUGAUCCAGAAAUACUCGAUCAUAAAGCGAAAUCGGCUCUCAUAAAAUAUCGCCAUGAAGCUGUUGUAGCAAAUACAUUGCAUGAUCGUUAUAACACUGUCAAAAUACUAACAGAAUUAGAAAAUAUUGUCAUUCGGUUAUCAGAAGAGGAAACUCAUGCAAAAGUUAAUAUUGAACAGAAAAUUGUGGAAAAGCUUAUCAAAUUUCAUGUGAAUCAUAUGACCUCAAUUUGAUAUGUACAUAUAAUAUUAUUCCAUCUUUGUGACCAGUGGAUAUAUCAUAAUAAGUAUAUAUUUAUUCCAUACCGAGGGCCUUGAGCCAAAAGGAUGAAUAUUCAAAAAGCUGUUUUAAGAAAAUAGCGAAAAUUGUAUUUUCGAUCAAACUGUAAAUUUAUUGAGAUGCUUUUAUUAAACAUUGAAUUCUGGCUUAAAUUGCACCCAUUGUUUUGAAAUAGUUUCGAAUGAAAAUUUUGACAUUUGACCUUUUUUGACUUGAAACUCUCGGAACAUAACUAGCCUCAAUACCUGAAUUUUUAAUUCCACUGUUAGAAAAAUUUGAAAUGUAGAUUAUUUAUCAUCUAUGUAAUUUUUUUCAUUCUUGACUAUUAAACUAAAUGGAAUUGCUAACACAAUUAUCUGAAUCG